AUGAACCGGGUUACGUCUUCCUCAAAUGCCCAAUCGAAGAAACUCCCUCAGUCGCAGUCUCAGCCGCCGGCGAAGAAGGAGAAAAUCCUAAAAAAGGAGCGACUUCCGGUGAACCCUUUGAGAGGUCUCAGUACAAGAAGCUCUGGGAGUAGCAGCUGCAGCAAUGGCAGUGGUUCUGGGUCAACUUCCGGUGAAGCCUCCAACGGUUGUCACAGGUUCUUGCUCUCUCAUUCUUUCUCAUCGUCUUCCUCCACUUCUUCUUCCUUGGGAGCUUUUACUCAUGGAGCUGUGAAAUCUGUGGCUAAAACCCCCAAAUCUGCUCCAGCUUUGAGUAAACCCUUAAUUAGAAAGAAGCCAAGGCUUCUGGGGGAGACGAAGCUGAAAUCCACAGUUGCUGAGAAGCCUCAGAGAUGUAAGACAAACCCUAGAGCUGGAAACAAACUCACUGGUAAGAUUACCGUGAAACCUGAAAAAGUUUCUGUUUUGAGGAAACAAUCUUGUGCUUCUAGAGAUGUUAAGCUAAGAGAUCGACAAACUUCGUUUAGGGUAAAUGACAGCAUUGCUCAGGUUACUACUCCUGUAUCUAAACUAGGAACCGGAUCUGAUCUGAUUUAUAGAGGCAACGGUGAAGCUACGGAUGAUGGUAGACUAAGCAACAGUAACAGCAGUAAUCAAGAGAGGACACCAGUCACACCACCUGUUCAAGCAUCGGUAUCUCCAGAGAUACAGUUUGGAUCAUCGUCUAUGAAUUUGUCAGCAUCAGCUCAGUCACAAGCUUGUUAUGCUGCUGGACAUUUACUCUCAGGUGUCAGUGAUAAGAGGAAAUGCAAGCCUAAAGGGUUACUCACUGUGGGUGAAAAUGGUUUCGAGGUUGGUAAGGGCAGGAUACUGAAUGAUUCUGAUGAGUUUGAUGAAGAAGAUUUUGGUGUUGGUGGAAGUUAUGAUAACAUCUCUGUGAUGCCUUUGCCUGACGAUGCGUCAGUGCAGUGGCUUUUAUCUCCUUGUGAUGAGGAGAAAGAACAUGACAAGGAAACGUAUGAUGAUGGUUUCUCUCAGUUUCAGCAGACUGUUGAGUGUGUUGGCCAUGAGAGUCCUUCGCCUUCGCCACUAUCAGAUCGUAGUACUUCUUCAGAUUUAUGCAACAUUAGCAGUGGCAGAAGUCUUUCACCCAUGGAUAUAUGUAGAGAGACGGUGAGAAGGACCAGUUCUUCGCUUUCUCCAAAUGAGCUUUCUCGGUUCAGGAGAUUUAUGCAGCUUUCAUCCUGUGAGGGUGUAGCUUCAGCACUCGACGCUACACCUACGUGUGAGCUAGAUCCUCCUGAGCAUCUGAAAGGAAACAAAACGUCUCCAUUAUCUGUUGAUACGCUAGGAAGCGAGAAUGUAAUUCAAACACCAGAAUCCAACUCGAGCUUCGACAGUUAUCUUGGACUCUUAAGUUCCCAAGCCGAAAUCCAUAAGAAGCUUGAGGUUGAUUCAGAUUUGGAAUCAGUGACAGCGACUCUUGAGUCCGCCAGAUUGUCACCAAGGAGCCAUGCUUCACCACGGGAACAGAGCAUUUCAAGUUUCAACUUUGAGACUUUGGCCACAUCUUCUGAAUCCAUAGAUCUAUCACAGUUCCAGAGAAAUUUAGCUGACAGGAGUUCUCGUCAUUCUCAUGCUACACGGGAUAGAGUGUCCAGGACAAAUGUGAUUACAGAUACUGAAUGUGAUCUUCGAAAGAACAGAGAAAGUGUUGCUCCUCAGGGAAAAGGAAGAGAAUUGGUUCAAUGCUCUGCUGCGGAGUCAAUAAGCACUGAUGGUGGUGGUCUGGCUUGCUCUGAAGAUUCAAAUUGGAUGUCAUGUUACAAGAGUUAA